AUGAAAAAUUUAAUUGAAAUGACAUUUCCAACACAUUUACGAUUAGUAACGAAAUUAUUAAAUGAAAUAUUUCAACAAAUCUCAUCAAAAAGUAUAAUUAAAUUAAAUGAAUAUCAAUCUGAAAUUCCACAAAAUUCGAAACGUUUACCACCUAUUUUAAAUUUACCAUCAAUCAAAGACUUUAAACAAGAUCUUAUUAGUAUUGCUCUUUAUCAGGUAUCUAUUCGAUUUUUUUAUUAA